ACGACGCGCCGGCGGGGUCCAGUCGCGGGCGGGUGUGAGGGCUUGUGUGUGUGAGGCGGAGGGCCUUCUCGGCCGGUCAUGGCCCAUCGCUACCUGUGGUUGUCGCGGGGCUGCUGUCGCCGGUCCCCCGGCAGGUUCCGCGGAGCGCAACAGCAGCAAGCCCAGUGGAGCCGAGGCCUGACGGCGCCUUCGCCCUGCCUAAGGCUGCUUCAUAAUCAUGUUGCCACCCAGAUUCCUACAAAUAGAAACAGUGUCCUUGUAAAUAUAAUUGCUGCUUACAGACGGCUCUUCUCUCAACCUCCAAAAGGAUUUGAAAAAUACUUUCCCAAUGGGAAAAAAGCUAAUGAAACAAAAGUAUCAAAUGGAGAGACAAAAGAUGUAAAGCCAAAUAAUUCCCAAAGGCCUGGGAGUGGAGGAGGUGGAGGUGGUGGUGGUGGUGGAGGGAAAAAAGGUGGCAAGAAGGAAGAUACUGGCUGGUGGUCCAGAUUACAAAAGGGAGACUUUCCCUGGGAUGACAAAGAAUUUAGUUUCUAUGUUAUGGGCAGUUCUAUUUUCUGGGCAGCUGUUACAUGCUACAUUUUCUUUAGGAACACUGGGAGAGAAAUCACAUGGAAAGACUUUGUCAACAGCUAUCUUUCCAAAGGUGUGGUGGACAAGCUAGAAGUGGUUAACAAACGCUUUGUCAGAGUGGUCUUUACCCCAGGAAAGUCUCCUAUUGAUGGGCAGUAUGUCUGGUUUAAUAUUGGAAGUGUGGACACUUUUGAGCGGAAUUUGGAAACUGCACAACUAGAGCUAGGGAUAGAAAGGGAGAACAGAUUGCCUGUGGUGUAUUCGGCAGAGAGUGAUGGCUCAUUUCUUCUAAGUAUGUUGCCAACCGUGCUUAUAGUUAGCUUCUUGCUGUACAUGUUAAGAAGAGGACCUGCUGGAAUGGGCCGAACAGGACGGGGAAUGGGUGGACUCUUCAGUGUGGGUGAAACAACAGCAAAAGUCCUAAAGGAUGAAAUUGAUAUAAAGUUUAAAGACGUAGCUGGCUGUGAGGAGGCUAAACUAGAAAUAAUGGAAUUUGUUAACUUCCUGAAAAAUCCAAAGCAAUAUGAAGAUCUUGGAGCAAAGAUCCCAAAGGGAGCCAUUUUGACAGGACCUCCAGGCACUGGGAAAACUCUUCUAGCUAAAGCUACAGCUGGAGAAGCCAAUGUUCCUUUUAUUACAGUCAAUGGAUCUGAAUUCUUAGAGAUGUUUGUCGGUGUGGGUCCAGCUAGAGUUCGUGAUUUAUUUGCUCUGGCUCGUAAAAAUGCCCCUUGCAUUCUCUUCAUUGAUGAAAUAGAUGCAGUAGGAAGGAAGAGAGGACGAGGUAACUUUGGAGGGCAAAGUGAACAAGAAAAUACACUCAACCAACUACUCGUUGAAAUGGAUGGGUUUAAUACUACAACAAAUGUAGUUAUUCUAGCAGGGACCAACAGACCAGAUAUCCUAGACCCUGCACUCAUGAGACCAGGACGGUUUGAUAGGCAGAUCUUUAUUGGGCCACCAGAUAUAAAAGGAAGAGCAUCUAUUUUCAAAGUUCACCUUAGGCCCCUGAAGUUGGAUAGUAGCUUGGAUAAAGAUAAUUUAGCUCGAAAACUUGCAUCUCUAACGCCUGGAUUUUCAGGUGCAGAUAUAGCUAAUGUAUGCAACGAAGCAGCUUUGAUUGCUGCAAGACAUCUUUCAGAUGCCAUAAACCAAAAACACUUUGAGCAAGCAAUUGAACGAGUGAUAGGAGGCUUGGAAAAGAAAACACAAGUACUGCAGCCAGAGGAGAAAAAGACUGUGGCAUAUCAUGAAGCUGGUCAUGCAGUUGCUGGAUGGUUUCUGGAACAUGCUGAUCCGCUUCUGAAGGUAUCUAUUAUUCCACGUGGCAAAGGAUUGGGUUAUGCUCAGUACUUGCCUAAAGAACAGUAUCUGUACACCAAGGAGCAGCUGCUUGACAGAAUGUGCAUGACUUUAGGAGGGCGCGUGUCAGAACAAAUCUUCUUUGGCAGAAUCACAACAGGAGCCCAAGAUGAUCUAAGGAAAGUUACUCAGAGUGCAUAUGCUCAGAUUGUUCAGUUUGGCAUGAAUGAGAAAGUUGGCCAGAUCUCAUUUGACCUUCCCCGGCAAGGAGACAUGGUGUUAGAGAAACCAUACAGUGAGGCAACGGCAAGAUUAAUAGAUGAUGAAGUGCGAAAGCUUAUUAACACAGCUUAUGAGCAGACAUUAAGCCUUCUGACUGAAAAGAAAGCAGAAGUGGAAAAGGUUGCUUUACGACUUCUGGAGAAAGAGGUUUUGGAUAAGAGUGAUAUGAUUGAACUGCUUGGUCCUAGACCAUUUGCUGAAAAAUCUACUUACGAAGAAUUUGUUGAAGGCACAGGUAGCUUAGAUGAAGACACUUCACUUCCAGAAGGCCUUAAAGACUGGAACAAAGAUCGUGAGAAAGACAAAGAGGAGACAACAGAUGAACAGAUUGCCAGACAGAUCACAGGAGACAUGCCAUUUUAGUGUUUAAAUGUGUCAGUGGGAAAACUGGUACUUUUGUUGUGCACUGAAAUGGAACAGUAAACACUUCCCAGAGACUGUCCCCCUGCUUAUGGCAAUGAGCAAAUUAGCAGUGGUGGAAUGAAGAGAGAAUCUUUUUAAAGCUGAGGAAUAUCCCAAUUUUAUUGGAAGCCACAUCCUGCACAUUGAGAGAAAGAGGAGACCUUCCAGCUAGUGGGUAUAUGCUGAACCCCCUUCCAGAUUUAUAUCCAAAUUGUGUUAACACUUGCCCAUUAACAGACAUAUUUAAACUGACAUGGAAUAAAAGGCAGUCAAGGAUUUUGGGAAAGUCUACAAGAGUUAAGCCUCCUUUGUCAAAUACAAGUUGUUAGCAUGCAAGAUGAGCAUUGUAUGACCUUUAUCAAGAGGGCCAUGUAAUUUAUGGAAAGCUCUGUUCUGCAGAAACAUCAAUUUUCAUUCACUAGCUAUUUAAUUUUAGCCUUUCACCUUGCUGUCUGUAACAAUUAUGCCAAUAACUGUCAUGCAUAUUGGCAAUGAAACUGGAAGCCUGCUAAAGAGCUGUUGUCAUUUAGGGUCUGUGGCUACAAUAUAAUGUAAGACCUAAUUUUAAUAAAGUUGUUUUCUACAGGG